AUGGCGCAGAGACUAAGGAGAGCGGCAGCCACGGAGACCAUCAGGAUCACAAGGGCACCAGGCACCAUCCCCUUGGUGAACACGGAAGCCAAGCCGGACCUUAGAGCAGACCAGGGGGGUGGUCCGACCCUCACCAGCCCAGGAGGGCAGCCGGACGCCGCCACAGCCUCAGGCGCCCCCGCCAGCCCACAACCUGCCCCAGUGCCUUCUCUGCGCCCUCUCGGUGACCCCCACGACAGCUCCAGCCACAGUGACUCCUGGCUCACUGUCACCCCUGGGACCGGCAGGCCUCUGUCCGCCAGCUCAGGAGGCUCCACGGCGGCCCCGGGGCCCCCCCAGGCUGCCUUCGAUGCCAGCGUCUCCGCCCCUCCCGAGGGGCUUCCUCAGGGAACAUCCUCAGCGACACCCUCAGCCCCGAGGGCCCCCGCUACCCCCCCCGGGGCCUCAGAAAGCACUGUCCCCCGAGCCGAGGAGGAGGCUGUGGCCGCCCCCAGCAUGACGGCCCGGCUGCCCCGUCCUCUGUCCACAGUGGUGUCCACGGCCACAGGGAACUUCCUCAACCGCCUGGUCCCUGCGGGGACCUGGAAGCCUGGCCCCGCCGGGAACAUCUCCCACGUGGCCGAAGGGGACUCCCCCCAGCACAGAGCCACCAUCUGCCUGAGCAAGAUGGACAUUGCCUGGGUGGUCCUGGCCAUCAGCGUGCCCAUCUCCUCCUGCUCGGUCUUGCUGACAGUGUGCUGCCUGAGGAGGAAGAAGAAGGCGGCCAACCCGGAGAACAACCUGAGCUACUGGAACAACGCCAUCACCAUGGACUACUUCAACAAGCACGCCGUGGAGCUGCCCAGGGAGAUCCAGUCCCUCACCACCUCUGAGGACCAGCUCUCCGAGCCGCGCUCCCCAGCCAACGGCGACUACAGAGACACGGGAAUGGUCCUCGUCAACCCCUUCUGUCAAGAAACACUGUUUGUGGGGAACGAUCAGGUAUCCGAGAUCUGACCGCAGCCGCCCUCGCUUUGCCAUGCCCUGCC